GCCAUAUUCAGGAUGGCGACUUCCAAUGGCAGUUCGUGUCGAAUUGCUCCAUCAAUACUAAAUGCGGAUUUAUCAUCACUUACCAGUGAAUGUCAGCGAUUUAUGGAAUGUGGUUCUGACUUUUUACAUCUAGAUGUAAUGGAUGGACAUUUUGUUCCUAACCUAACAUUCGGUCAUCCUGUAGUAAAAUGCCUACGACCAAAACUACCAAACGUUUGUUUUGAAAUGCACAUGAUGGUACAAGAUCCGGAGAAGUGGGUAGAUCCAGUAGCUGAUGCUGGUGGUAAUCUGUACUCAUUUCAUUAUGAAGCUACAAAAGAUGUCGAUCUAUGUAUCAGAAAAAUAAAAGAAGCUGGAAUGAAGGUUGGGUUAGGAAUCAAUCCACCUACAGAUGUUAAUGUAGUUUUACCUUAUAUAGACAAGGUUGAUCUUAUAUUAAUAAUGACAGUCAAUCCAGGAUUUGGUGGACAAAAAUUUAUGCCUGAAUGUAUGUCAAAGGUAGAAACAUUGCGAGAGAAAUAUAAAAAUUUAGAUAUAGAAGUUGAUGGAGGUGUUGGUCCAGAUACAAUACAGCAAUGUGCAGAUGCUGGAGCCAAUGUUAUAGUUUCUGGAAGUGCUAUUAUUAAAAAUGAAAACCCAACAGAAGUUGUGAAGUAUAUGAGAAGAGUUAUAGAUGAAGCCAUUCAGAAACAUCAUUUAGAGAGAUAGUGAUUUCAGAUCUGUUUAGACAGUAAUAAUUUAUCACAAUCUGAUUAAAAUACAGAUUUGUUUUUUCCCUUUAUAGGCAACUCAUUUGUUAAAAUAUUGGAUCACAUAGAUCUGUAUUUUGUUCAUUGUUUUUUUUUGAUUUUAUGAAAUAUUCUUUUGUUAAGAAAUAUUAUACUUAUUUAAUUAUUUAUGUGCCAGUAUGUCUCAGUAUUACUGAUAUUAUAUAUUUGUUUAAUUAUCACAAGCGAUAUUCAGAUUGUUCUUGAUUUCAAUUUCUUUGUUUUAUUGUAAUGAAAGAGCUAUUCAGCUUACAGCUGUUAAUGAUAUUAAUGUAAAUUGAUGGCAUAAAAAAGAACAAUCUACUGUUUUGGAGGUUGUGAUCUUAACAUAAAUUUCAAAUUCAUAUUUAUAGUGAUCACAAGUUCUGGUUCUCAAAACUGUUAAAAUUGUGCUUGAAGGUUAUUAAAUGACUUUAUCUAUUUAUUUUCUUUGUUCAUAGUGUUUCAUUAUAGGUGUUAAGUGGUAAAGUUCAUAAUUCAUGAGUUGAGGUUACCAACCAGUAGAGCUCAAUCUAUGAAAUCAGAUGUCCACUUUGUCUGCAACUUAAGUUAUUAAUAAACUUUCCAUUCAAGCAUGCAAACAUUCUCAAUAUUUUGGCAGUGAAUGUCAGUAAACUCAGUACAUCAUGUGUUUUUUAGCGACAACCAAAAUGUGAGAUUUUUGUACAGAAAGUUAUAGAUCAGCUGAAACUUGGCUUUUCCUGCUGGUACGGGAAAUAUUUAUACAACUAAAUCUGUUUCUUGUGACAAAGUUUUGUAUUAUCAUUUUCCAAGUUCAGAAAUAUUCAGAAUAAUGAACAUUAAUAACUUGAUUGAAAUUCAGGGGAUAUUUUGUCUAUGGUUUCUUAUUUGUAACAAUCAUGUUCUGGAUAUUGAAAUAAAAAAAUCUUUGAGUUUAUGUUAUACAAUCCAAUCUUAAACUAUUCACACAUGAUAUAAUCUCUAUCACACCUCAAGACUUAAAAUUCAAAUAUAGAUGAUUUGUUUCACUAAGGUCAUUCUCUAAAACAAAUAAACCUGAUUUUGGUUUUAAUCUGAGUAUCCUUACUAACUUGUAUAUCUGAGGCAUGGACCAGAUAUAAGUGUUGUACCUAUUAGGACUUUUUGGGCCCAUCAGGAAGAUCUCCCAGUGUUUUGCUUAAUAUAUAACCAGACAGUUCCUGGUCCACCUUCUAUUGUCUCUUUUGGCUGCCAAUUGGGGAAAGGAAAUCUACAAGCUACAACAUGUCCAUUAUCUGGUAACUCCUUCUCAAGCUUCUCUUCUAAUUUUGUCAUCAUUUGUUCUACACCAAAUAUCACAACAUUGUCAUACCUAGAUAAAUCAGUCUUCCAAAGAUCUUGUUUGAUAAAAUUGGCAUUGGAAGAGAAUCCAUGUCUCCAAGCCUUGAACUUUGAAUAUAAAAUAAGCCAGAAAUUUAACUCAACUCCAGUAGCUUUAAAACCUUUUCUGGCUGCUUCUAAUACUAUUCUGCCAUCUCCACUACCAAUGUCUAUCAAGGUUCCUGAUCUUCCUUUUAGAGCUGAAAAGACAUGUUUCAUCUGUACUGGUGUAGCAGGAACAAAAGGCAAACAAAAUUUUCUUAACGCUGGAGUGACAAAUGGGAAGGUGAUAACAUAAAUUCCUCCAAUUACUGCACCAAAACUACCAAGGAUAAUGCCUGUAGAAAGUUUGUUCAAUUUUCUUUCUUUCUUUUCAUAAAAUCCUGGCUCUUGACAGAGGAGGCACACCUCUGGAUCUUUUGAGAUGGGCAUGAAUUGGCAGAAUGAUCUACAUGAUAUAAACUCUAUGACUGAC